AUGUAUCAUCGUGGACAACGUACACCAUCUACGAAUUCUGGCUCUAGUAUGUCACCUCCAAGUGCAACUCAUAUUUCUACACCUCAAAUGUCUCGUCAGACAUUUUCAAUUGCUCAAGCAUCAUUGAUGGCUGAUGAAGAUGACAUUAUUCGCAAUCACCUAUUACUUUCACCUCGCUCAACAAUAAAAGAAUUGUGUACGCCCCGUGAUGUACCUCGUCCACCAUCGGAUGUUCUAAAUCGUUUGCCAUUAGGUAACUGUUCUCCGUCUCUAGCGAAAUAUUGUCGUGCAUCUCGUGUUUCCACAUCUACAUCGACUACGACGUUGCCCGAUAUGCUUUUGACGUCAAUGAACAAUAUCAAUUUUUUACAUCCGACAAUGGUACCGGUACCACCAGCUACCUCUCUACCAACAGGGUCAACAUCAAAGUCUUCGUCUUCCCCACACACAUCGCCACUACUAACAGUGAAUGGUACAUUGAACAGUACUCGUAAAAAAGUCAUAAUUCAACAUCUCACGCCAGGCGCUUGUGCCAUUAAAGGACGAUUAAAAACAACACUUGGUCAAAAACGAAAACAUCAAAGGCAAGUUUGA